AUGAGUGAUUCUGUAUGCUAUCUAUGUCACAAAGUUUCUGACAAUGACGAAAAACUGGAAAUUAAUUGGAUUAUUUGCAGUAUAUGUCAUCACUGGUUCCAUACUAGCUGUGUGGACCUAAGGAAGUCUGAAUUUCAAUCUAUUAGAGAGUUUCACUGUCCUGAUUGCAGCAAAAUCAAAGGAUCCUCGUUGUUGAAACGGGUUUCUUCUAGGAAUCAUAAGCGAAUUGACUAUGUGGCACUGAAUGAAGGAGAUGAUCCUAGAGAAAUUAAUCAUCAUCCACAUAUCGAGGAUUUCCAUAGUUUCCAGAACGACGAGCCAUUGGAAGGUCUAGUUUAUUUGGUGGAUCCUAAAAGAGAUUGUAACAAGGAUGGUGUGGUUGAUGAUGAUGCAUUGAUGCAAAUUAUUCUGAAUACAAAGCUUAAAAAGCCAAUUCUUAUAAGGGGGUGCAAUCCUCAGGUACGGCCUAACUACGAUAAGAGAAUUGGGCUCAGUCUAAAGUUUCCCAGAUUGAACAUCGAUGAGUUGGCAGAUUUGAUUGGUCACGAUGCAGAAGUUCCCGUAAUGGAUGUUAUGACUCAAAAUAACUCUCCUAAUUGGACAAUGGAUCAAUGGAGAGACUAUUUUAAGCAGGGUCCAGAUGAUAGAGAGAGGAUAAAGAAUGUGAUCUCUUUAGAGUUCUCCGAGACCAAUCUCGGGAAAAUUGUGGAAAUUCCUAAAGUGGUGAAGGAUAUUGACGUUGUAACUCGACUUUUUGGAUCAAUUUUAGGUCAAAAAUUGGUUGAUACUGGGUUAGACAAGCCCAAAGUAACGAAGUAUGUUCUUAUGUCCGUAGCCGAUUCCUUUACGGACUUUCAUAUUGAUUUCGCUGGAACUUCGGUUUACUAUACGAUUCUCUCCGGUAAAAAGCAGUUUUUGAUGUAUCCUCCAACAGAUAAGAACUUGGAUAUUUACAAAAAAUGGUGCGGUUCUGAUAGUCAAGGUAGUUUCUGGCUAGGUGAUCUGAUUCCCAAAUUGACUCCCAAGGAACGGCUCAAAUACGAGAAAACUGUUGAUUCUGCCUAUAUUAACAAUGGUAUUAAGAUCACCAUGAAUGCAGGAGAUUUACUUCUUCUUCCUUCCGGGUGGAUUCAUUCUGUGUACACUCCGUCCGAUUCCCUUGUCAUAGGUGGUAACUUCCUAAAUUUGCUAAGCUUAGAGAAUCAUCUAAAGAUCUAUCAGAUAGAGAUUGAAACCAAGGUACCCGAAAAGUUCAAGUUCCCAAAUUUUCUUAGGAUUGUCUGGCUUAUUGGAUGGUACUUGAAGGAGCAGGAUCCAGAUAUGACAACUGAGGAGUUGUUGUGCCUGAAGAACCUUGUGGAGUUCUACAAAAAGCAAUGGUCUAUGAUUAAUGAUGAAAAAACGUGCAAUGAUAAGAAGCUUAAAAAGGUUGUUCAUCAUGUUAAACGUUCACUUCCCUUGUCAAUCAUAGGCCCGGUGGACGACUUUAUACUUGAUUUCGAGGCAUGGUAUGAAUCAAGAUUAAAGGCUGACUCAGAGAUAUCACAAAUCAAGAGGCGCAGAUACUAG